CCCAUGCCCGGGAUGGGAGCUGCUGGGGGGCAGGAAACGGGUGCUGCAGACUCAGCCCUAGCGCAGCGCGCUGACAGAGCCCUGCCAGCAUAGCCCCAGCACCGGGGGUUGGGGUGCUGGGCACAGCUGGGGGGAGGCUUUUUCACACCGUGCCUGAGGUAGCCAUGUCAGCCUGCCUGGCAGGGGUAGACCAGGCCUUUGGGUGCCCAGCUGCUGGGUCUGGAAGCUCUCUGACAUCCGGCCUGUGGGGGCUGCGGGCGGUUCUGAUUGUGCAUCAUGACAAGCUCGGCACAUUGUGCUAAACGAAUCGAAACGAAUAAUGAAGUGGUCCCACUGGCCGAGUUUGAAAUGUCCCAAGUUCUGGGGGCUCUGCCUCUUCCUGGUGACUUGCAAAUGUUUUUGAAACCAUUUGUUGUGGCCUCUGCAUCUUUAUGAUGCACAAAGGAGAUUUGUACCUUAUCAUUCUCUGUGUUUUUGUAUUGGAACGAGGGGGGGGCUGGUCUCCCUGGGGGUCUCUGGCUGACCAGAGAGCGCCCGUGUGGGGAGCGCUGAGCCUUGGGGUGAGCGUAGGGGAAUAAACAGACCGACUUGGUGGAUUGGGCAUUAGUGGUGCUCUGCCAGCGAAGCCCGGCUAAGAAGGGGACAGUGGCUGUUUAAAACACGGUGAAGUCUGUUUGUUUGUGGUGCUGGCAUCUGUUUAACUCCAGUGCCCAAGGAAGACUUGGGAGAAAAGCUCUCUGAGCUAAAGUUUGGCUCAUCCCCCACCUGCCCUUCCAGGAGCAGCUGGGAAGCAAACGCCAUGUUUCUCAGUCCACCCAGAGAUCAGGGAAGAGGAGACUUGAUAUUCCUGAUGUAGCUGUAAGGCUGUGGUGUCGUUCGAGGAUGUGGCGGUCUAUUUCUCCCUGGAGGAGUGGGUGGCGUUAGCCGAAUGGCAGCGGGAGCUGUACCGGGAGGUGAUGAUGGAGAAUUACGAGCUCAUCACCUCGCUGGCGGCCACAGGAAACCCAGACUGCGGGUCUCUCCCUGUGCCCAGGUUCUGCAGGCCCCAAACCGGAAAUGAUCAGUAAAAUGGAGCGAGGGGAAGAGCCACAUGCCGCAGCUCCCCAGGGGGAGAGGGACAGAGGAAUCCUGGAUGCCCCCAGCACAGCUGGCUGGGGCAGGCGUGUCAAGGAUGAGCUGUCUGCGGAGGGCUACAAUGAGCAGUGGGUGCCACACACGUCGCUGGCCGGGGGAGCUGAGGGGUUUGUGCUGGAAUAUCCUGCCCUGUGGUGCGAGGUGAAGCAGAGGGACCUGGCGGGAGAUGCCCCCCAGCAAUCCCCGGAGUGGGAGGGGAGGGACGGCGCAUUCCUGGGCGGCACGCUGGCCAUGAUCCACCCGGUGAGCGAGGGCCCCCUCAUCUGCUGCGAGUGCGGGAAGAGUUUUGAUGACGAGGCCUCGCUGAGUGUCCACCAGCGCCUGCACCCAGGCGCUGGGCCCCACGAGUGCCGGGCCUGCGGGAAGAGCUUCCGCCACCGCCGCAACCUCUUGACCCACAAGAAGCGGCGCGGGAAGAGCCGGCACACCUGCACCGAGUGCGGGAAAAGCUUCUGCCUCAAGGGCGACCUGCUGCGGCACCGGGCGGGGCACGCGGGUGAGGGUGGCCACGCCUGCAGCCUGUGCGGGGAGAGCUUCCGCCACAAGAGGAACCUGCUGGCCCACAGGAAGGAGCACGUUGGGGACACGCCCCACCGGUGCUCUGAGUGCGGGCAGAGCUUCGGCGACCUGGCCAGCCUGGCCCAGCACGAGGCGGCGCACCGCGAGGAGAGGCCCUUCGUCUGCGCCCGCUGCGACCGCAGCUUCAGCUGGAAGGAGAGCCUGAUGAUCCACCAGCGCAGCCACCCACAGGAGCGCUCGCAUAAGUGUGCCGACUGCGGCCGCAGCUUCAGCCGCAACGGGAACCUCCUUAUGCACCAGCGGGUGCACACUGGGGAGCGGCCCUACGCCUGUCCUGAGUGCGACCGCACCUUCUGCAACAAGGCCAACCUCAUGGCCCACCGGAAGCUGCACCGGCGCUUCAAACCCUACGCCUGCGCCCAGUGCGGGAGGAGCUUCAGCUUCAAGACCAAGCUGCUGCUCCACCAGAGGGCCCACGGGGAUGAGCAGUAGCCCCCAGCCGCUCUGUCUCCUGGAGGCUGCAGCCAGGCCUGGCCGGCUGCGUGGGCUCUGCUGCUGCUAAGGGCCGGUGGCAGAGCGCUGGGGCGAGGCUUAGGUAUUGCGUCAGCCUGGGGGGGUCCCCUGGGCCAUAGAGCAAGACCCCAGCCUUUGAGGGGAAAUCUGCUGUCUUGCAGAGACCUGGUGGGUCACUCUGGGGGGGUUCUGCCAUUGCUAAGGAUGGGGGUGAAAUUCACCCCAGGGCGCAUGUGGCACUCAAGUGGUGCCAAGGCCUUGCCAGCCAGCCCUCUCCCGGGGUGAAUUUCACUAGUCGGCAGUUUAUUGCAGUGUGUCCUCAUUGUAAGGCACCAGACUUGCCCUGGGCUGGCCGCUCUGAGAGCUACACCCCUCCUCAGAUGGUAGUCCCACGGCCCACCAGUGGGCGUCCUGAGCCCCCCCGAGUUACUCAGCCCACCCGGAAGAGAUUGUUCUGACCGUCGGUCUGGCUGCCUGCUUCACCCAGGGGAGAGAAUCUCCCCUGCAGCCCCCUCAGAAGGACCAUUGGGCAGUUUCUGAGAGAGGUCAGGGCACUAGCCCAAGCCUUGGGUUCAUGUCCCUGCUCUGCUACAGAUUUCUGUGUGACCCUGGGCAUGUCCCUUAGCCUCUCAGAGCUUUGCUGCCCCAGCCGUACAAUGGGGAUACCAGGCUGCCCUGCCCACGGGGGCUGGGGCAGGGAUAAAUACAGUAAAGCUUGUGAGGGCCCAGAUACCAUGGUGAUGGUAGCCAGAUAAAUGGAUGGAUUGUCUAGUUCGCCCCUGGCAUAGCCCAGGCUGUAGAAGCUCACCCCCUAUUCCCACGGUCGAGCAUGAGGCUCCUCUAGCUGCUGUUCCCAGUGUGAUUGGUUCUCCCCACUGUGAGGCAUGUCACAGCGUGCUGGCUGCACUGGAUGGGACGCCCGCCCUGGUUGUUUCACCCUGGCAUUGAAGGAUUGCCCUGUAGCCAGGUCCGCUCACGUUAUAACUGCAAGGAUUUGGAAAUGCUCUGCAGCUCCAGAGCAGUUCAGCGUUGCCCCCUGUCACCGCAGAGGGGUGGGAGGGGGGAAGGUUCCCCACUGGUUCUGGGGUGGGGAAGGCAGUGACCUCUGUGAAGUUCCGGGCAGAUAUAACCCCUCCAGGCCAGGCUGCAGUAGUGGAGUGAGGUGACCUAUGUUCGUAGUGGCCACCCUCCUUCAGGGAGAAACCGCACAGCGUUGUGUGUGUCCUGGCUCCGCAGUCCCCGAGCGUGCAGAGGUUUCCUGAGGCCCUGUGGAGCAGAAGCGACCAUCUGCCUUCCAGACUUGCCCCUGGGGGCGGCCCAGCGAUGGGAGCCGGCACUGCAAGUCGAGUUGAAAUUGCUAGGACAGUUCCCAUUCUGCAUGGAGCCCACUCCUGGCAGCCUGCCAUUUCGGCUGAGCAGCGGUGCAGUAAGAACGAAAUCUGGGCCUCCUCCACGGUGCUGGGGACACAAAUUCCUGUUUGUUUCAACGGAUAGAACGUCUUGGGCACUUUGUGUAAAUCUGACUGCAAACAGACCAUUACCUGGGGAUUCGCAAAUCCUGCCAUAGAUAGAGAGUUAUUCCCUGCUUGGGGCUUUCCACAGAGCGCUGUCUGCAACCCUUCCCGCUGGCUUCUCCACCCUGGUCUCCUAUCAUGUCAGCCUAAGGAGUUACUGCCCACAACGCACAGUCGACCUGGAGAACUCCUUGCCAGGGGAUGUUGUGAAGGCCAAAACUCUUAACGGUUCA